AUAAAGGCCUGCGCCUUCAGUAUUUUAUUAGCCACUACCAAACAUGGACAUCAAACUCAUUAUCUGCAGUCGGACCCUUCUGGCUCUUCUGCUUUACAUCUCAAAUGCCUUUGCGGAACAAGGCAACGGUACGAACGACAUUUAUGGUCGCACUUAUAAAGGCCUCGUGCUGGAAAAUGGAUUAAAAGUUAUUCUUGUGAGCGAUCCGAGUACAACGUUUGAAGCAGCAUCAUUGAAUGUUGCAGUUGGAGCAAUGAGCGACCCCAAAGAGCUGCAAGGCCUAGCACAUUUAUUAGAGCACGUAAUUCUGGUCAGAGGAAACAUGAAAUAUCCAGAGCCGGACGAAUUUGCAAACUAUGUUCACCUUAAUGGAGGAUAUAGAGGUGCAUCGACUUACAUGGAUUAUGCAAGAUAUUUUUUUUCCGUGUACCCAAAUGCGUUAGAGGGCUCUUUAGAUCGUCUAUUUCACACGGUUCACUCCCCACUUCUGUCAGAAUCUUCAAUAAAGGCGGAGAUUGAUCUUGUUAGUUCUGAAAACGCAAUUUAUGCAUCACAAGAUGUUCGCAGGCUUGUACGGCUUGAUCAGUACACAUCCCGGGAGGGACACCCUUUUAACACAUUUGGAACCGGAAGUAGAGAUUCUUUAUGGGAUAAACCGAGAGAAUUAGGUCUCGAUCUUAGAAAUGAGACGGUCCAAUUCUACAAAAAAUAUUAUUCCGCAAAUUUGAUGACCCUGGCUGUAGUUGGGAAAGAUAACUUGACUACUCUCGAAGAUAUUGUAACUCGUAUUUUUAGACCAUUAGAAAAUAGGAAUGCAACCCUACCAAGCUUUGGUCCACCCUAUGGACCAUCUGAGCUUGGCGUUAAAAUUGAGAUGGUUGCCAAAGGGCAAAUGAAACGAUUGUCUAUGGUUUUUCCAAUUCCUGCUAUGGACAAGAAUGUUUUUGAAAUCUACAUUGCAAAUGUCGUAACGCAAGGAGGAAAUCAUUCACUGCUCUCCUUCUUAAGGUUGGAAGGCCUCAUAACCUCAAGUUCUGCUGAAGUUAAUAAGAAAUGCCGGGGACAUUUUGUGUUUCAAGUUAUCCUGGAUCUCACAGAUUUAGGAGUUUUGAGACACGAAGAAGUAGCCGUGAAAGUCUUCCAGUUCUUUAACCUACUGCGCAACCACCCUCCCCAAAAAUGGUUUUGGGACGAGGUGGAAGAAAUUAAGAAUUAUACCACAAAAUACCAGACAAAGGUUGAGGCUGUUGAACUUGCAGCUUUACUGGGAAAAUCUAUGAUCGAAAGUACCCCGGACGACGUUGUUGAGGAAUAUCUGAGUCCAAAGAGAACUCAGUUCAAUGCCACACAAAUUGUAGAAUCCCUUGAGUGGAUAAGGCCGGGAAACAUGAGGCUGUUCUUCGUGUCCAACUCCAUUAAAAAUGCUUCCAGCACAGAGCCCCACUACCAAUUUAAAUACAAUUCGGGACCAUUUGAAUCAAAGUUUUUGACGGCAAUGAAAACAAUCGAAGUACACCCAAAUAUCAUCUUUCCCACGAGAAACAUUUUUGUACCAAAGGAUUUUGCGAUGAAACAGAAUGUAUCCGAUUCCGUAUUCGAAUCUACAAAUUUCUCAAGCAUGUGGAUUUACACGAAUGAUGAAAAUAAUUCACCAAAAGUGGAUGUUAGGAUCGAGCUUUUCAGUACUUACACUCCGUACGUCACUCCACAAGAUAUUGGUAUGAAUUCCAUUCUCGCCGUUCUCCUGAAGACAAGACUUCUUCCCAUGGGUCUUAAAGCUAUUGCGGCCGGGACAUCGAUCAAAAUUUCCAAUGAUGAUUCUGGUUUGAAGAUUAGAGUAGAAGGAUAUACUGAUGGGUUUACCCUAAUCGUCACUGAAUUAAUGCACACAAUUUAUUCCUUAUCGUUUACAAGAUAUGAUUUUGACAUUGCCAAAAAAACUUACGUAUCGUCAAUCAAAGAGAACCUUAAUGCGGAACCAUGUACCCUGGCGAACACGGGCAUAUUAUUGGCGGAAACGUAUUUCGAGCAGGAUAUGAUACUUUACGCUUUGAAUGAUCUUUCUCUAGAAGACUUCGAAUUAUUUUACCGUAGGUUCGUCUCACGACCAAGUCUAUAUUGGAGAUUUUUCGGCGGCAUACAAAAAUGGGAGGCAAUUGCCUUGGUUCAAACAAGUGAAGCACUCCUCCUAAAGCGAGGAAGCCGACCGGGACAAUCUUUUAAGCAAUCAAUAGAAAAAAGGGUUGUGGAAAUUCCAAGGGGAACCAGUUGGCUGUAUAGAAUAAGCAGCGAAAUACAUUCCAGUUCUUGUACGAAAGUGGUCUUCCAAGCUGGAAGUAAAACAAAGGACCAGGGAGAUAAAUUAGCUUUACUUUCGGAUCUUAUGCACCACCCGCUUAAUGUUCAACUAUAUACGAAGGAACGGCUCGGUUAUCUUGUGGGAAUAGUUGACACAUCCAUCACUUUACAACUUUAUGUCCAGGGUGAGCGAGAUACUAAAUUUAUGGAGAGAAGAAUUAACAAUUUUCUGCACAAAUUCCGGGUACGUGAAACUUUCUCAUACAGAUUCUCACCUUAUAUGUUGGAUCAAUGCCAUUUUUGCAAACAUGUGAAUCAGGGAAUGCUGAAAAACAUGACACAAGAGGAACUUGAUCUAAGGAUGCUUACACUGAUGGAAAGAUUUAUUAUUAUUGGGAAUGAAACUAAAAUUGAUGAACUGCAAAAGUUUUAUGACGAAUUAAUCGGAUUCACCCCAGGAGAGUACAGGAGACUUUCGAUUCACGUUAGCCCAGAAGUUCCUAGUGCGACCGAGGAAGUUGAAAAUAUCCCUGCGGAUGAGACACCAGCACAAGCUAACGUUGCCAACAUAACCAAGUUUGGAUCAAUGACAAAAGCCAAUCAAACCGUCACAACAGAACUCGAAGUACAAGUAGAUAAAGGAUUAUCCAUUGCGGAUUUGACUAAUGGAAUACCCACUGAUGAAAUCCUCGUAAUUGGUCUUAACCAGACAACGGUGGAAAUAAUUUCCCUAGCGUCAUGGAACCUGGAUUGUUAUCUACGUCCGGUUUAAUACUUUAUAUCAGAUAAUUAAGCAAUUAAGGAAUAAAGCAAUGUUUAAAAAACUAA